GCCCCUGUAUUCUGCCUCACCAAAUCACCAGAUCGAUCGAUGUUCAUCAAUCUUUGAGGAAUUAUUUACAGCGAAUUUAUUUUGUUUUGGAUAAAGAUGUCUCAACCUCGGUUGCUUACAAUAGACUUUUUAGGGAUUGGAAGCCAGAUUGAUGGAGCAGAGAAUACUAGCCCGGCCAUGGAUUGCCAACACCAACGUAUGAAGAGGCAAUCAAAUCAGUCAUGCCUGGGGAAAAUAAAACCCUACAUCCUGCAACAAGUUCUCUGCCAGUCUCAAAUGGAGGUUAAUUCUGCGGUUUCUGAAGGUAUUAAGACCAUGGAGUUGUUUCCUCGACACGGUUCAGGGUUUCAAUUGGAAAAUUCCAAGCCUCCUUUCAAAGAGCUAAUGAUUUUCUACAACGGCGAGAUGAAAGUCUUCCCCGAUGUUUCUCCUGAAAGAGCAGAAGCUAUAAUGAUGCUGGCCGCGGGAAAUGGAAAUAUUCUGCAUUCCGAUGAGGUUUCGUCCUUUUCCACCACUGCUUCAAAUAUCCUACCUUUACCGACAGGAUUAAGAAAAAAUGUUACAAUUUCUGAAGAAUUUUCGGCUGAAGCAAAUCAAACCCUAUUUCAUGCCAAACUUCCGAUGGCGAAGAAAUUAUCUCUUCAACGUUUUCUCGAGAAACGGAAGGACAGACUUAACAGAUUACUUCCAUACAUGACUUCGUCAAAAUAAAGAUGCGCAAUUGUUAAUUUCCAAAUCGGAAAACGGGCGGAAAGUGGUUCUUCAAUGCGUAGUGGAUGACAACGUGGCGAACUGUGACUUUUUGAUCCUGACGAAGACUCCAUGAUUCUCACUUGUUUUGUAUACCGAACUCCCUGAAAUAGUAUAAUGUAACUGUGUGGGGCCAGGAAUCCCUGGAAUCACUAUCAAAAAAUAUGCUUAGAUCUAUUCAUAUGGCAAUAUGAUAAAUAUGGUCUUGGCAUAGUUGAA